UAGUAAAUAUGUAGUUAUGUCCAAGCUAAUUUGCCACUCAUCGACAGCCAUAGGUGUACCGCUUACUACGUACCUCGACACGAACGGGCAAGUGUGUAAGAGUCAGCUCCGCCACGAGCGAUAUUGACUUACUAUAGAUGAAUAACUACCAAUAUGAUUGCAACGCUGUCUACCAAUCAUGUGCGGGGAGCCCAGAACUUCUUUACCGGUCUGUUUGCCUCCACGAUAGAGAUUGCUAUUGCGCUGAGGUAGCUGGUGCUGGAUGUACAACUGACUACAUAGGUAUCGUAGAGAUUACUUGGAUUAAACCACCUGGGCAUGUAUGUAAAUACUUACCUACGCAGGUGUAUCACGUAACACCCAUUGACUUACACAGCCCCAUAGGCUUUGAAAUCCGAGGUAUAUCAUAACUGCGACGUGCCUGCUCAGAAUAACCCUGUCUGUCCAUCCAUCCAUCCUCUCUGUCGGUGAUGCUUGACUUAGAGGACCGUUUGUCGUAAUUCCGUAGUAGCAUCCUUCCCAUCCCACCAGAAUAAUGGGGACCAUGGAAGAUAUCGACGAUAAGUCAUCGACCUCGCACAUCUCGCAAGACGACAUCUCCGUCGGGACAGGGGAAUGCAUUGACGACAACGCUGCCAACGAUGGCUUACAGCGCGGCCUUAAGAGUCGGCAUUUGCAAAUGCUCGCCUUCAGCAGCGUCGUCGGCGCCAGCGUCUUCAACGGCACCGGCGCCGCCCUCGCCUCCAGCGGGCCCCUCGGCGCGCUCCUCUCCUUCCUGCUCAUCGGCAUCGACGUGUUCUUCGUCUCCCAAAGCCUCGCAGAGAUGUGCGCGCUCUUCCCUGGCGUACGCGGCGCCUUCCUCUCACUAGCCGCCCGCUUCGUCGACCCAGCGCUCGCCUUCGCGCUGGGGACGACGUACUACGCGCUGUGGGUGUCGAGCAUCGCGCACGACUACAACAGCCUCGCGCGCGCCGUCGGGCGGUGGACGAGCCCCGCCGUGCCUCCCUGGGCGUGGGUGCUGGUUUUCUGGGCGCUGUUCCAGGGCGUCUCGGUGCUCGGCGCCGCGGUGUACGGCGACAUCAUGCUCGUGCUCACGUCGUGGAAGCUGCUCUGCGUCGCGGGCGGCUUCGUGCUCGCGAUCCUGCUCAACACCGGCGCCAUCAGCAGCAGCGGGGAGUACCUCGGGUUCCGGUACUGGCGCGACCCGGGCGCGGUGACGAACGGGGUCGGCGGGUUCGCGUCGUCGCUCGUACUGGCGGCCGUGUACUUCGGCGGGACCGAGAUGGUUGCCUUGACGGCGGCCGAGAGCCGGGACCCGCACAGGGACGUGCCGCGGGCGAUCCGGCGGAGCUUCUGGCGCAUCGCGGCGACGUUCGUCGGGCUCGUCUUCUUCGCGGGCAUCAUCGUGCCGUUCGACGAUGCCGGGCUGCUGGCGGAGACCAGCGACAAGGCGGCGCGGUCGCCGUGGACGAUUGCGCUGGUGCAGGCCGGCUGGGCCGACGCAAGCAACUUGCUCAACGCGGUGAUGAUUGUAGCUGCGCUGUCGUCCGUCAACAGCGCCAUCUACGUGUCCUCGCGCGUGCUGGCCUCGCUCGCGGCGGGUGGGCGCGCGCCGGCGCUGUUCGCGCGGACGACGGCGGGCGGGGUGCCGCUUAACGCCGUGCUACUCUCCAACGCGUUCGGGCUUGUCGCCUUGGUCAACAACUGCAGCACCGCGGCGGCAGAGGAGGAGCCGGGCCAGGUGUUCGGGUUCCUGAUCAACUUCUGCGACACGGCGGCUUUUAUCACCUGGGCUGCCAUCGGGGUCAUGCACCUGCGCCUACGGCGGGCAUGGACGGUGCAAGGGCGCAGUGCCGAGGAGCUGCCGUACCGGGCGUUCCUGUAUCCCUACGGAGCAUGGUUCGUCGUGGCGCUGAAUUUGUUUUUGGUUCUCAUUUCCGGUUAUGACGCCUUUUCGGGCAGCUUCGACAUUGUAGGUUUUCUCGACUCAUAUGCUGUAGUUUUAGUGUUUGUCAUCCUAUUUUUUGGCUGGAGAGUCUACAAGAGAACUAGCAUUGUGCCUCUGGCCGAGGCGGAUUUGGCAACAGGUAGAGAUGUGUUCAUGAUCAAAGAGAAAAUGGAGGACACAGUUUCCGAUAAGAAAGCUAACAGAAUCUCAUGGCAUAAUCAAUUAAAAAGGGCCGCUUUCGGUUGAGACUAAUUUGUGCGGAAGAGAAUAUGAGGAGAGGAGACAUAAUAAGGAGUAGGGGGCAUCUUGUUUGAAAAUGAAAUAUAAUUAGGUAUGGUUUGAAUUUCUAUGGAAUAGUUAUGAUCGAGACGAGACGAGACUUAAACGAAAAGUAUGACUAUUAUGUAGAUUGAGACUGUAUCAAGGUAAAAAUAAACCGAAAUCUUACUAGACACGAGGAACUGAACUGAAGGAUAAUUGAAGUUUGUAAAAAGCGAUGAGAUCAAAAAAGAAAUAUUAAUGAGGACG